CCCACCCCAAGCUCAGCCUCUCUGGAGCAUGGGCCUCCUAAUCCACAUCCUGGUCUGCCUGCUGGGGAUGGGCUCCUGGGUUGCCAUCAAUGGCGUGUGGGUGGAGCUGCCUCUCCUGGUGCCCCACGUCCCAGAGGGCUGGCUCCUGCCCUCCUUCCUGACGAUUGUCAUCCAGCUGGCCAACCUGGGGCCUCUCGCCUUCACCCUGGCACACCACUUCCUCCACAGGCAUGUGGAUGAGGCGGGUGUCAUUUAUGGGCUGCUGGGCCUUGGCUGCCUGGCCUGCAUCCUGCUGGCCUUCUUCUGGCAGGAGACUGGUGUGCUGGGAGGUGCCCGCCACAGCCUCGCCCUCCUGGCCCUGCUCUUCGUCCUGGCCCUGGUGGACUGCACCUCCUCCGUCACCUUCCUGCCCUACAUGCGCCGGCUGCGGCCCCAGCACCUCACCACCUAUUUUGUGGGUGAGGGGCUAAGCGGCUUCCUUCCGGGGCUGGUGGCACUGGGCCAGGGGGCAAGUGCAGCUCGCUGCAUCAAUGGCAGCCUGGUGGGCAACAGCACAACGAGGCUGCUGGCUGAGUACCAAGAGGCCCGUUUCUCCGUCCGCACCUUCUUCCUCCUCCUCAGUGGCAUGAUGGCAUUGAGCCUGGCAGCCUUCCUCUUCCUCAACCGCCUGCCUGAACAGGCAAAGGAGAACCGUGCCCAAGCACAGGGAGAGAGCCUGGACAGCACACAAGCCACAGCGACAGCACAACCAGGAAUUGGGGGCAUUGACUCUGGCUGUGGUGCCACCCUCUCCCAUGCCCAGAAGGCCUGCAUCUUUGGGCUGAUGGCCUGCGCCAACAUGCUGACCAAUGGCCUCCUUCCUGCACUGCAGUCCUACUCCUGCCUUCCCUACGGCCACCCCGCUUACCACCUCUCGGCCACCCUGGCCAGCCUGGCCAACCCACUCGCCUGCCUCCUUGGGAUGUUCCUGCCCAGCAGGUCUCUGGUGCUCCUGGCUCUGCUCUCCAUGACCGGAUCCCUCUUGGCCUGCUACAUCACAGCCAUGGCGGCCCUCAGCCCCUGCCCUCCCCUGCUGCACUUGCCCCUCGGCACUGUCCUCAUCGUCCUGUGCUGGGUCCUCUUCAUCGGUGUCUUCUCCUACGUCAAGCUGAUGAUUGGGAGGAUCUUGCGCAACCAGGGACGCAGCGCCCUGGUCUGGUGUGGGGCAGUGGUCCAGCUGGGGUCCAUGGUGGGGGCCCUCACUAUAUUCCCCCUGGUCAGUGUCUACAGCUUCUUCCACUCAGGAGACCCCUGUAACCCCAGCUGCCCCAGCUAGUGGC